AUGAGGACUUCAUUCAAGGAUAUCCCGCCCGUGCCUACGGCGCAGGAGUUUAUCGACAUCACCCUGAGCCGCACCCAACGCCGCCUCCCCACCCAGAUCCGUGCCGGUUUCCAGAUCAGCCGUAUCCGAGCCUUCUACACGAGAAAAGUCAAGUUCACCCAAGAGACCCUAAGUGAGAGGUUUGGGGAGAUUAUUGAAGCCUUCCCGAGGUUGAAUGACGUUCACCCGUUCCACAAGGAUCUUUUCAACACUCUAUAUGAUGCCGACCAUUUCCGUAUUGCUCUCGGCCAACUGAGCACCGCCAAGCACCUCGUCGAGACCGUCUCCCGCGAUUACGUCCGACUCAUCAAGUAUGCGCAGUCGCUCUUCCAGUGCAAACAGCUCAAGCGUGCGGCCCUCGGUCGUAUGGCGACCAUUGUCAAGAAGUUGAAGGAGCCUCUUCUGUACCUUGACCAGGUCCGCCAGCAUCUUGGCCGUCUGCCCGCCAUCGACCCCAAUACCCGCACUCUUCUGAUUUGCGGUUUCCCCAACACCGGCAAGUCCUCGUUUUUGAGGAGCAUCACCAGGGCCGAUGUUGAUGUCCAGCCCUAUGCAUUCACAACCAAGAGUCUGUUCGUCGGACACUUCGACCAUUCUUACCUGAGGUUCUGUGCUAUCGACACACCGGGAAUUUUGGAUCAUCCUCUAGAGGAAAUGAACACCAUCGAAAUGCAGUCCAUCACCGCCAUUGCUCACCUUCGCGCCGCCAUUCUCUAUUUCAUGGAUCUUAGUGAACAGUGUGGCUACCCUGUCUCUGCCCAAAUCGCCCUCUUCAAGAGCAUCCGCCCUCUGUUUGCCAACAAGAUUGUCUUCUUGGCCAUCAACAAGAUUGAUGUCGCCAAGCCCGAGGACCUCAGCCCCGACCUCCAGGAGCAAAUCCAGUCCCUAGUGAAGUCUGGCGAGGUUACGGACAUUCUCCAGCUUUCUUGCAACACACAGGAGGGUGUUCAGGAGGCCAAGAAUGCCGCUUGCGAGAGGCUGAUUGCCGAGAGAGUAUCUCAGAAACUCAAGGCUGGCACUUCCAACAGCGGUGCGAUUGGCGGCCGCCUGGCGGAAGUCAUGGCUCGCAUCCACGUUGCGCAACCCAUGGGCGGCGCCACCCGCGAGACCUUUAUCCCAGAUGCCGUCAAGUCUCUGAAGAAGUACGAUAAAGAGGAUCCCGAGCGCCGGAAGCUCGCUCGUGAUGUUGAAGUCGAGAACGGCGGCGCUGGCGUGUUCAACGUCGACCUCAAGGCCGAUUAUCUCUUGGAGAACCCUGAGUGGAAAUACGACAAGAUCCCCGAGAUUGUGGAUGGCAAGAAUGUGGCGGAUUAUAUCGACCCGGAUAUUGAAGCGAAGCUCGCCGAGCUUGAGGCCGAGGAAGAGCGUCUGGAGAAUGAAGGCUACUAUGACGAGGAGGAGGAGUUGACCGACGAUGAGGAUCGCAAGGCUCUCGAAGACGCCAAGAAGAUUCGCGAAAAGAUCAGUCUCAUCAGGAAUGACGCCAGGUUGAAGAAGAGGCUAAAGAACAGGCCCAUCAUGCCCAGAUCCAAGACCAAGAAGACUUUGUCCGAGAUGGAUGAGGCUCUCGACGUUCUCGGUGUCGAUACGUCGCGCUUCCUGCCCGCCAUGCAAGAACAGCUUCCCCGUCGUGGAAGAUCCACGACUAGGAGUCGUCUUGGCACUGAGGAUGCCAUGGACGUCGACCCCAACACCCUCCAGGCCGCAAAGGACCGCAUCAGGGCUAUGAGCCGAGCUAGGAGUCAGCCUAGAUCCAACAGGCAGGAUGAUGGUGUUACAACCGAGUCUGGCCGAACCAGAGCCGAGAAGCUCACCAGACUCAACCAGAAGAGGAUGAAUAGGAUGGCUAGGCAGGGUGAGGCCGACAGACAUGAGACGGCGUCUUUGGCAAAGCAUCUGGUUGCUGGAAAGCGUGGCAUCGGAAAGACGAACAGGCGCUAA